AUGACGAGCGCAACUUCUUCAGCGGCAGUCAUCGACGUUAUGCAACACGAUAUCGAACGCGUUUCCUCGUCUGAAGAUGAGAAACACGAUUCUAAACAUGCAGUAGCAGAUGGUGUUCCUAACCUUUAUGCUAGUGCAGCACCCAAGUCGGACCCCAGAUCGAUCGUUUAUGAUGCCGCCACCGAGAAAAGGCUGGUUAGGAAGGUGGAUCUGUACAUCGUUCCUACUGUGGCGAUGUUGUAUCUUAUGUGCUUCAUCGACAGAGCAAACGUCGGCAACGCUCGUAUUGCCGGUCUGGAGAAGGACCUUGGCAUGAAUCCUCGUUCCUAUGACUUCAAUAUACUCCUAACCGCCUUCUACGCCGCAUACGCCUUCUUCGAGAUUCCGUCCACGACUCUCACCAAGAUCCUUGGCCCAGGAAAAUGGAUCCCUGCAAUGGCGUUCCUCUUUGGCUUGCUUUCAAUGGCCAACGCUUUCGUUACCAACUUUGCCGGUGCAAUCGCUGUUCGUUUCCUCCUAGGUUUGGCAGAAUCAGGAAUGCUUCCUUCCAUCGCCUACUACCUCUCGAGGUGGUAUAAGAAGGAUGAACUUGUCUUUCGACUCGGUUUGUACCUCGUCACCGCCCCUUCUGCUGGUGCAUUCGGAGGUCUGCUCGCAAGUGGUAUCUUGAAGAUUUCUCACAUUGGAGAAGUCAAGUCUUGGGAGAUGAUCUUCUUGAUCGAAGGUUUGAUCACUAUCAUCAUCGCUGUCAUUGGAUACUUCACCCUCACCGACUCGAUCCACACCGCACGGUGGUUGACUGAUGCGGAAAAAGCCUUCUUACAAGAGCGUUUGAAGUCCGAGCUUGUGGGUCAGAAAGAUCUUGUUGACAAGACACACAAGAAGCUCAUCUGGAAAGGUAUCACUUCUACCACUUCACUUUGUUGUGCUAUGAUGUUCCUCUUGGAUAACAUCGCCGUCCAAGGCACUGCUGUAUUCCUUCCCACUGUGGUGCGCGGCAUCUUUCCAGCUCCCAGGUAUACAGUUAUCCAACAACAACUUCUCACAGUACCCCCCAAUGUCGCUGGAGCAAUCGCUACCCUUGCCUUCGCAUACUGUUCAGCCAAGUUCAAGAUUCGUUCUGUCUUCGCCAUCUCAGGCGCCAUCACGAUGUGCAUCGGUUACGCUAUGUUCCUCGGCUCGAAAAACCUUUAUGUUCGUUAUGCUGCAUCCUUCUUCGCCACCUCAGGUGCCUUCACACAAGGUGCACUUCUACCGGCUUAUGCAGCGGUUAAUGCGAACAACGAUUCAGAAAGAACUGGCGCUAUUGCCGUUACUGUCUUCUUCGGUAACAUCGGAGGCUUGAUCAGCACUUGGAGUUACUUGAACAAGCACGCGCCAGACUUUGUACCUGGUAAUGCUUUGAACUUGACAGGAGGUAUUGUUAUGGUUUCUAUUGUUCUUGGCUUGGUAAGCUGGCAGAGAUGGGAGAAUAAGCAGAGAGAUGCUGGUAAGAGGGAUCACAGGUUGGAAGGUUUGAACCAAGAUGAGAUUCAACUUUUGGGAAGUGAUCAUCCACAUUUUCGUCUUCGAUACUAG